UUGAAAUUGCUGAUGGGCGUGUCUGGUUCAAGCACAAGAAAAGUUGUAGAAUCUUUUAAAAUGUCACGUUUAUCCAUAAAAUACACUCCAGAUGACAGUGAUUCUGAUGAUCCCUUAUUGUCUCCAGUAGCGACAACAGACGAUGAGAGGGUAACAGAGAGAAGUCACCGGGUCUUACCCAAUCAACUCAUAGAAACAAUAGAACCCUCACAGAGAAGGAGGGGGAGGAUAUCGUCAGUUUCUGAAUACGAUAUCGUCGCCGAUAGGAUGGUACCAAAAUAUUACGAAGAUUUCCAUACGAUUGAUUGGCUGCGAGAUAAGACCAAAGAUCACCUUCGACACAAACUAAUAGAGAAUAGAAAGAGGACCAGCAUAGGGGCAUUCUUUAAUAAGUACCUUGAUGCAGCCUCUGGCUGGAUACUAGUCUUUCUGGUGGGCGUGGCUGCAGGAUUACUAGCAGGUGUUAUUGAUGUUGCUGCAAUAUGGACCAGUGAUCUUAAAAUGGGGAUGUGUCCCUCCAGUGGUUACUAUGGUGCCCAGCAGUGCUGCUGGCUCAAUAAUCAAUCUUAUGCGGAGGAGGGGAGCUGCUCUGCCUGGCAGGAGUGGUCUGAUACUCUCAGUUUCACGUCUGGCCCUGCCCGUUAUGCUUUUAAUUAUUUCAUUUAUGUCCUUUUUUCCGUCAUAUUUGCUGGUUUGGCCGGUUUGUUUGUCGUCAUACUAGCUCCCUAUGCUUCAGGAUCAGGGAUUCCAGAAGCUAAGACUAUACUGAGUGGUUUCGUGAUUCGAGGGUAUUUAGGAGCUUGGACUCUUAUAGUUAAGAUUGCUGGUAUGGUACUAGCUGUAGGGGCGGGGCUCAGUCUUGGGAAGGAGGGGCCACUAGUACAUGUCGCCUGUUGCUGUGGUAACCUAUUCACAAGGUUAUUUCCUAAGUAUUAUAAUAACGAAGCAAAGAAACGGGAGAUUUUAUCAGCAGCAGCUGCUGCUGGUGUAUCUGUAGCUUUUGGUGCUCCAGUGGGCGGAGUCCUCUUCAGUUUAGAGGAAGUGUCAUACUAUUUCCCUCAUAAAGUGAUGUGGAGGUCUUUUUUUGCUGCUCUAGCAGCUGCUUUCACCCUCCAACUGAUGAAUCCUUACUUCUCAGGGAAGAUUGCCCUCUUUUAUAUUAACUAUGACCACACCUGGCACCUUUUCGAGUUUGUCCCUUUUGUAAUUCUCGGAAUAUUAGGAGGUCUAUAUGGUGCUUUCUUUAUCAAGUGUAAUCUCGUUUGGUCGAAGAUUCGUAAAAAUAAAUUCAAGAAAUUCCCUCUCCCGAUAAUUGAGGUCCUUGUUGUUGCUGUAGCAACUGGUAUAAUCUCUUACCCAAAUAUAUACACGAGGGACAAUGCUAGUGAAGUGAUUAAGAAACUUUUUUCUCAGUGUGGACCUGAAGAUAAUAAUGACUUACUGUGUGAAUACAAUCGCUCCUAUACCUACAACCUGUUGGAUGAGUAUCACGACAAUGAGGCCACCUCUAAAGUAUAUGAGGCAAUGCUCCUCCUCUCCCUAGCGAUGGUUGCUAAGGCCAUACUCACUAUAUUCACAUUCGGAAUGAAGGUACCAGCUGGUUUAUUCAUCCCCUCAAUGUUUGUGGGGGCGUGUGUUGGAAGAGUAAUUGGAAUAGGAAUGGAACAAAUUGCUUUUAUAUAUAAGGAUUCUUGGUUCUUUAAAUUAUUCUGUUCCCCUCAUGAAGCCUGUGUCACUCCUGGGCUGUAUGCCAUGAUAGGAGCAGCAGCUGCCCUGGGUGGAGUCACUAGAAUGACAGUAUCUCUAGUGGUCAUCAUGUUUGAGUUGACAGGAGGCCUGAGCUACAUAGUACCAAUAAUGGUGGCUGUGAUGAUCAGUAAAUGGGUUGGAGACGCCAUUGUUAAAGACGGAAUUUAUGAUGGUCAUAUUCAUUUGAACGGUUUCCCAUUCCUGGACAGUAAAGAGGACUUUAUUCAUGAUACUCUCGUAUGUGACGUCAUGAAACCUCAACCAGGAGACGCUCCACUGGAAACCAUUGAUCUAUCCACCUGCACUAUUAGUUCAUUACGUAAGCUAGUGAGAGAAUCUAAUUAUUUUGGGUACCCGUGUCUAUUGAGUAACGAGACACAGCUGCUAGAAGGAUUUCUAACAAGGAAAGACAUAAUGACAUCACUAGAGUUGAUUGAUGCUAGAAAAGAUGAAGACGUCACUGAGGAGUCCAGGGUGUUCUUCUUAGAUAAGUCUCAUCGUCUCCAAGAAGCUGUUGUUGAUAGUGACGUACCAUCAGUGAACAUUAGGGGAACCAUUGACCCUGCCCCUAUACAAGUAUCAGAUCAAACUCCGAUGAAAACUGUAGUUGAGUUAUUUGGGAAGAUGGGACUCAGGCAAGCUUUUGUAUCACGCAAUGGUCGUCUGUUGGGUAUAGUUACAAAGAAGGAUAUGUUACGUCAUGUUUCAUCAAUGGAGAAGAAUCCUUACUCCAUACAGUAUCAUUAACAUUGCUAUACAUAUACUGUACAUGUAUAUAUAUAUUUAUUAUAAAUAAAAGAAUAGUGUGUAUAUCUUCUCUCAGUGUA